ACGGUUUUGAAUCUAUUUCAAAACCAAAUGUUGAGGGCAGAUACAUGUCACCUGAGGUGAAAUGCUCUCUUUACGAUCAAUUAAUGUUUUCAUGGGUCAAUCCUUUAAUCAACAAGGGUUUUCGAUCUACCCUUGACCACAAAGAUAUUUUUGAGUUACCAAGUUUUGCUCAAGCUAAAAAUAUAUUAAAAAUUUUUAAUUCUUUUAAAAAACCUUCUUUUAUAAAGUCAUUAUUUUUUACCUUUCGGAAGGAGCUUCUUAUACAAUUUAUUUAUUCAAUACUUUGGUCUCUAACUUUCUCUAUUAUUCCUCCUUAUUUUCUCCGAAAAUUGUUAUUAUAUGUUCAAAACUAUCCAAAAGGGUCACAUGAGACAGCUUAUUUAUAUUCUUUGGGAUUUUUUUUGGGCAGUGUAGUGCCAAGUUUGUUCUUCCAACAGGCAUUACAUAUUGGUCGCCAUCUAAGCGUAAAGUGUCAUGCAAUAAUUAUUGGUCAUGUAUAUCUAAAGUCACUAUCUCGGAAAGACACAUCAGGUGUUGGAACUAAAAAUAAGGCUGGAAAGAUUACUAAUCUUAUGGCUGUUGACGCUCAAAAAGUUUCAGAAUUUGUGGCUUAUCUUUUUUAUAAUCAUUAUUUCUCUAUUAUUGUUAUAUGCCUUGCUUGGUAUAUCGGCUCUGGCAGGCUUCAAACUAUUCAAAAACGUCUUAUGUCAGCAACUGACAAGAGAAUGAAUGUGAUAAAUGAGCUAUUAAGGGCCAUCCGCGUCAUUAAAUGUUUUGCAUUGGAAGACCAUUUUCGCGCAAAAGUUUUGAGCGCACGUGAUUAUGAAUUAAAGGAAGUUAAAAGUAGAUUAAUAGAAUGGGUUUAUUUGAGUAGC